AUGUCAGAGUACAACGACCUCUUCGACUUCAGCGCCACGCAGCCCGGGUUCGACGUAGUCGGCCCCGAGUACCCACCCCCACCAGCCAACUUGGCCCACUCAGCGGCCUGGACCAUGCCUCUUCACCCCGCCUUCGGGGCGAUGGAGGGUGACACGGCAGCAGCACAGCUGCAGCAGGGCGUGGGUCCCGCGCCUGAAGGCGCGGGAUCUCACCGAGUACCUUGGCAUGCAUGUGCCGUCUGCCUCGAACCCUACCAGACAGAUUCGGCCCUCCACCGACACGCCAUCGAGGCCCAACACCAGGCGUACAGGUGCAAGUGCGGCACGGGCUUCAGCAAGGCCUCGGCCCUUAGGCGGCACGUCGAGACCAAGGACGCGGUCAAGACCUUUGCCUGCGCCCUCUGUCCUGACAGGUUCGCCCGCAAGGACAAGCUCAAGGACCACUGUCGCCAUUAUCACAAGGUGACGGACCACGGACUGCGGGUGUUGUUUAGCUCUCUGGAGGUGAACCAGCCCCGGGCGCCGGGCGCUGCUACUCGCCGCCGGCGGGCUCCUGCUCUGCCCAGGGUUGCCGCGGCAUCAUCUGGAUCUCCGGCGGCGUCUCCCGCCCACGCUCCUGUCUGGCCCCGCGCGGCGUCUACUGACCAGCAAUACACCAAUGCUCCGGCCGGCCUGUCCAUCCCUACUGGCCCACUCGCCACGAUCAAUGCACUCCAAGUCCCGGACAGUAUUUCCAUCUCAACUGGUCAAUUCGCCUCAAGCGCGGACGCCUUUGCUGUUGAUCCUGCCCUCGACGGUGAGUUCUCGGGCAUGCUUGACGACAUCCUCGGGGACUACAGCUGGGCCGAGGGCUUCGACGCUUUCGACGUCUGA